AUGACUCACCAGCUGUUGUUGGCCCACCCCGCAGGCCGCUGAGUGACAAGUGGAUGAGCCAAUAGGAAAGGAGAAUGAGUGACAGCGGGCGGGGCUGAGCACCCAGGCACAGGAGGAACCCGCAGGGCCCCCAAAAAUAAGAUUCCAGAACAGGAGAAGGCGACCCCCGGAGGGGCCAAUACUGCAACUGAGACCCCUGAAGAGGACCCCACCCCCCCCCCCACUACCAGGACCUGACUGUCACAGGGGCAGGUUGGUGGAUCGGAGACGUCGGACAUCCCCGGGAUGAGUGAGUUGGCGCGGCGGCUGCUGGUGACGGCUCUACCAUGAACCACACUGUGACGUCCCCGGUGUUUGUUGGCUCAACCACGCCCCCUUAUAAUGGCACCCGGGGGGCGGAGCAUGUUGGAUCCCCCACAGUGGGCACCUGGCUGCUCUCUCUUGGCAUCGUCGCUGUGAUCGGACUGGCUGUGGCGAUGGUUCUGUACAUCAGGAAACAAAAGAGGCUGGAGAAGCUUCGCCACCAGCUGAUGCCGAUGUACAACUUUGACCCGGCGGAGGAGCAGGAAGACCUGGAACAGGAGCUGCUGGAGCCGAACCGAGACCUCCAACCCCAGGGAAAGGUUCUCCUGACCAGCCUGUGCCCGCUGCAGAGACCCACCCGACUGGUCUUCACGGACGUUGCCAACUCCAUCAAUGCCUGAGGAGGUUUGGGCACAGUGCGGUGACACCGGAGACCGCCGGACCGUGUCACUGUGACUCUCAGUGCUGUUUGUGUCAUCGCACCCCCCCCAUCGCAAGAGUG